GGUUCAGAACAGCAGCGUUUUGCCUUCAUCAGUACCAAUCAGUUCUUUUUAUCGAGUGCCAAAGGGGACAAAAUUUGCGAAAAAAGAAUUAAGUGCAAUUUUCAAGUGUUCAAGUGUAAAGUACAAGGAUUAACUAAAAUGUUGUCUGUGACAGGUAUUAUUUUGGCGCUAUGCUUAUCAGCGGUAUAUGCUGACGUAUCACACAUCGUGGGUGACCAUCAUCAGUCAACUACAACUACACCACAACCACCGCCAGUUCCUUAUGCGUUCAGCUACACCGCAGGAAGGUUUCCUGGUCAUGUAGACAGACAACAUACUGAACAUUCCGACGGUUCUGGCACAGUAAGAGGAAUAUUCCAGUAUGUGGACCCCCGAAACCAAGUAAGAACCGUCGAAUAUCAAGCUGAUGAGAACGGUUUCCAUCCAGCCUUGAGUCACGUUCCUGAACCAAACAAGGAUACUGAAGCCGUCGAAAGAGUUAAGCAAAGACAUCAUGAAUUAUACGAGAAAAUAUCGGAGCACCACAAACAAUUGCAGAACUACCCCCAAAUCAUUGAGCAUUCUCUUCCAAGAGAAACACAUGCUGUAGCAAAUGCAAGACAACAUCAUCUAUCCUUAUUCGAAAAAAUAGCAGCAGAACAUGAACAGCUUGCAGCACAAAGAGAAGCUGAAAGAAUACUUUUCGAAUCCACGUCCAUCAAAAAUGAACUUCAAGCACCAGAAGAAGAAUCUUAUCAGCAACAAUAUGGACACCAUUGAAAACAAAUACAAAGAUUUGUGGACUUCAACAACUACACAACAUUCACAUAAAGAAAAUAAU